GGCAACUAGGUGUGGGGAGAUGGUCCUCUGGAAAUAAAAUUGAGAGAGCAUGUGACGGCCACCUGUUCUGCAAGAAAAAGGGUAAGAAGAAGCUUCCUCUUGAGUAGCAGCACUUUGUUUGCCUUUCUCCCAGGCGUACAAAGCUGUUUCUUAUCAUACUGAUCUUGGGCUAUAGGUUCCAGGAAGCUUACAGCUUUCAGAUUUUUCCUCCCUCAAGCAAAGAGAUGUGCCACAUUUCACAGCCAAUGCAAUUCUACUGCCUUUACAUUUGAGCCUCAGGGCAGAUCAGGCUUCACUAGUUAACCCUAUGUUCCUCAAAUAAACAGACAGGAAAGAUGCCCGUUUCUGGAUAAUUCACAACUCAUAAAACAAGAUCCAUGUAAACAGUCCAGGACAGCAAAGUUCAAAGGAGCACAAGCACCUUUUUGGUGAAACUGUCAACAUCAAUCUGAAUAAGUGCAUUGAGGCUCUAGCCAAUGAAGCGCUGAUUGAAGUACCCCAUGUGCAGUAGAAGGCCAUAUCUCCAAUCUGGCUGGUUGGGACCACUGCUCACCGCCUUCCUCCUCCUGUCUAGCCUGGAAAUCCACUCCUGCUGCUUCUGCCACCGCCCAAAUAAGGAUGCAGGAGGAACAGAGCAAUGAUAAGGAAGAUGGCCCAAAGUGGCAGCGAGCAAACCUGCUGAUCCACUCUUGUUUCCUCCACAAAGCAGGCAGCACCAACAGGGCUUCUGUUGAUUGUAGGUCCUAAGAUUGUUGAUAUUGAUGGAGGGGCUUUUUUAAGCACUCUGGUUCCAAGCCAAUUAGGACUUGAUACACUGAUGCUAACACCUUGAAGGGAACCCAGUAGUUCACUGGUGGGCAGAGCAGGCAUGCUGGCUAGGGCAAAUAGGAGUUGGAGUCCAAGAACAUUUGGAGGGCCACAGGAUUCUCAGUUGUGGGGCAUUUAUGAUGGUGACUGCCUAAUACUGCUCAGAGCAGUAGUUGGGGCACUGUUGCUUCUGCCUGUCAUUGCCACCAGAAGGUCCUGCCCAAGCCCCAUAAGACGUGAAAUGGGCCCAGCAGCCAAUGCUGCCUUUCAGACAAAGUGAUCAGGAAGGGAAAAGAAACAGGCCCAUGAUGGCCUGGACCAGGAAAUGUUUUCUUGACUUUUUAAGAAAAACCUUGCAUACCUAAAAACCUUGCAUAUACAGGCACAGCCAGUAUAAUUGGAGAAGGAAGACCUAACCAACUUUGGGAUGUGAGUCAAUCCGAGAUGACUGUCCAGAGGGCAAAUUGGAUUAAACUGUGUAAAUGCACUAGUGCUCACAAGAUGUCACUCAUUCUCACCUGUUUGCAAGUCACUCAUAGGAAGGAAGCAGUGUGACUAUAUCUGCUUAAUCAAAUGUGUAUAUGCUGUGUUUUUACUUUACUCCGAAAGCACACGGUUUCUAAUUUUCAUUGCUUUAGCUAGCAAGAAAACAAAGGUUGGUCAUUGAAGUGGUCAUCUGCUGUUACAUUGGUUCAGUAUUUCACUAGUGAGCAAGUAAAUGUCCAAAAAGAAAUCUUUGGCCUCAAAACUGAAUGACAUUUAAAAGAAAAGAAAAUAUCACUAAUUCCUAUCAUACCAUGGCUGAAGUGGUGCAUAUUGUGCUUAUUGUAAAAUGCUAGGUAUUCAGCCAUUGUGAAGUGCCCACAUCUUAACAAUAGACUAUUGAAUAGGUAAAUGAAGCUCAGAGUGUUUCAAUAGUAUCACUGUUGACGGGAUCCAGUCAAAACCAUCCAGCAAGCAGUGAGUUAACUAACCAGCCCUUUGGAAGAGGAAAUGGAGGAUUGUGCUGUCUGAUUAUAUUGACAGCCACUGUGGGCAUAUAUUAAGGAGCAGAAAAGUCAUAGCUUUAAAGUCUGUGUAGCUUUGUAGCUGCCUUGCUUUUGUCUCGCAGUUUCAAGAUCCAGCAUGCUGCAUCAGAUAGCCUUGCUGGCCACUGUUACUGUCCUGGGAGUCUUGGAACAAGCCUAUUUUGCCAUGCAGGUGAUCUACGUUCGGCGGAAGUGCAAAGUCUCUCCUCCUGUGACUUCAGGUCCACCAGAAUUUGAAAGGAUCUUCAGAGCUCAAGCAAAUUGCACCGAAUACUUCCCAAUAUUUCUUUCACUCUUGUGGGUGGCUGGAGUCUUUUCCCAUCAAGUUUUGGCUGCAUGCUGUGGGGUUCUUUAUCUGAUUGCUCGCUACCAGUACUUUAGUGGAUAUGCACGGUGUGCUCAAGGAAGACUCGCCCCCUUGUACCUCAGUGCUGGAGUUCUUUGCAUUCUUAUCGGCUUGUCUGUGACAGGGCUCCUUGUCUAUUUUGUGCCACUCCCACGUUUUUUAUUCCCGAAGUGAGCUUCUGAGUCAGAGUCUACUGCCCUUCUGCUGCUAAGAGGAAACUGAGCCACCUUCUGUUUCUACCACCAGUUUGUAAAAGAGAAAAUUUUGAUCAACUCUAGAGUGGUACCAAGCAAAUCUGCGGCACUUUUUCUUAAAAACAAAAAAAUCCCCUGCCCAACUCUGUCACCUGGGAGAGUUUGAGAAUACAUUUGUGAAUGAAAAUAUGCUACACGUAGGAGACUUAUGAAGAAUAGAGACACAUAGGCAUGAAGGAGAAACUAAGCGCUGAGCAAAUAAACUUUUGAAGUUGGCGCAUGCGCAGACUAUUAUUUUACUUAUAGUACUGUGAAAAGGAGGUAUAAUCUGCGCCUAAUACCACUUUCACUUCUACCACCACCUUCCUAAAAUACAAAACUUGUCUAGAUGCAAGUCUGAAGCUGUUUCUCUUCUUGUCUACUCAUUAUCAACACUUCCUCCUCCGUCACUAGAGGCUUUUUUCUCAUUUAAAAGUCUGUAGGUGUAUGCCGCUGCACCCUUGCGCCAAUUCACCUUGUUAAUUUCGCUUGCUAAUUUCUCUUAGAAUAAGCUAAAGCUGCCUACUUAAGAAUACUAUUUUAUUAUCUUUUCCCAAGGUCAUUCCCCAAGGUC